AUGAUCCGUGCAUUGGAAACGUCGAGGUUUAGUCUUUACAAAAAGAGGCUCAAAAAUUCUCGAAUUUCCAGUGCCCAGAUUUUUCCUCCCUUGCGGAUUGAGGUCUCUAUCAAUGGAAUAAACAACAAUACACAAAUCCUCUUCUCGUUGUCCGCCUUUCGCUGGCCAGUGCGCUCGUCAGUACGUAUGCACCUUCUACUUCCACAUUCUCCAAAGUGCCUUCAGCCCGUCAUCUCGUUGUCGGAAUGGGGAGCAAAACGGUGUUCGUAUGAGCAAUUUCGCAAAAGUAAUAAGCUUCUGUGUGGAGUUGUACUCGAACUACAGUACCAAGGGUACUCACUUUCUCCUCCAUAUUUAACCCACCCCCGACCCCACACAUCUGUGUCUGUUUAUGUUCCACUAAAACCUGAAAACCAAACAUGGUUGCUUCACCCCGUUUGUUGCUAUUGUGCGCUCUUUUUGCUGUCGCGCUUGCCGCUCCAGCACCGGUGUCCAUUUCUCGCCUCCCCAAACGGCUCUCGCAUCACUCCCGGAGCACGGGUCCAACUCUGA